UUCCUCUUCCUCCAUCCACUCUGGGAUCAACGCUGGGCUGCUGCGACGUGGCCAGACGGCGACCUUAAUGGCUCUUUAACAUGCUGAUAUUCAGCUACAGCGGACAGGUUUUUUUUAGUUGAAACCUCCGAAUGGGUUUGGACAAAGAAUCCCUCUUCAAUCCUUGAUGGCGAGCUUCCCUGGACUCAAUUACACCUCCAACUGGUGGUGACUCCAUCAGUUUUCAGCCAGGAGAUGUCGCAGUCCACAGAGGAGCGCCUGAGAAACACCAGCAGUGUGCAGCCGCCUUUCGUCCUUGAGCGGUUUGACAUGAACAACACCACACAUCCUAAAAAUCAUAAAGGAAGGCCCAAAAGACACUGCUGUGAUGAUUGCAAGCAAGUCUUCACCACUUCAUCAAACCUGAAGAUCCAUAAGAAAACUCACACUGGUGAUAAACCGUACAUCUGUGAUCAGUGUGGAGGGGCUUUUACCCGGCAAAGUUCUCUAACGAUUCACCAACGUAUUCACACUGGAAACAAGCCCUACAGCUGUGAUCAGUGUGGAGGGGCUUUUACCCGGCAAAGUCAUCUAGCAAGACACCAACGUAUUCACACUGGACAAAAACCUUACAGAUGUGAUCAGUGUGGAGCAGCUUUUGGCCGGCAAGGUGCUUUGACGAGUCACCAACGUAUUCACACUGGAGACAAGCCUUACAGCUGUGAUCAGUGUGGAGCGGCUUUUGCCACAUCAAGUAAUCUAACGAUUCACCAACGUAUUCACACUGGACAAAAACCUUACAGAUGUGAUCAGUGUGGAGCAGCUUUUGGCCGGCAAGGUGUUUUGACGAGUCACCAACGUAUUCACACUGGAGACAAGCCUUACAGAUGUGAUCAGUGUGGAGCGGCUUUUGCCACAUCAAGUAAUCUAUCGAUUCACCAACGUAUUCACACUGGAGACAAGCCUUACAGAUGUGAUCAGUGUGGAGCGGCUUUUGCCCAUCGAAGUGCUCUAACGAGUCACCAACGUAUUCACACUGGAGACAAGCCUUUCAGAUGUGAUCAGUGUGGAGCAGCUUUUACCCAAUCAUGUAAUCUAAGGAGUCACCAACGUAUUCACACUGGAGACAAGCCUUUCAGAUGUGAUCAGUGUGGAGCAGCUUUUGCCAAUCGAAGUGCUCUAACGAGUCACCAACGUAUUCACACUGGAGACAAGCCUUACAGAUGUGAUCAGUGUGGAGCGGCUUUUGCCCAGCAAAGUGCUCUAACGAGUCACCAACGUAUUCACACUGGAGACAAGCCUUACAGAUGUGAUCAGUGUGGAGCAGCUUUUACCACAUCAAGUAAUCUAAGGAGUCACCAACGUAUUCACACUGGAUAAAAAGUGUACAUUUGUGAUCAUUUCUGAUAUCAUUUAUUUUGAGAGCUCAGUUAAAAUGCAACAAUUUAGUUCAGUUAAUUUAGUUUGAAAGAAAUAAUUUUGGUGGUUAGAUUGUGGGAAAGAUUUUGAAUAUUUUUUUAAAAAAGCAGCAGAUUCAGUUAUAACCAGAUUUAGAACAUGAAGUACAAGAAUUCAAUUCAAAAGUUUUUAUUUGGAACAUGAUGGUAGUGUAAGUAACAGACAUGCUUUAAACAUAGACCCUUGUUAUUAGAUGCAGAGCCGGAUUAAAUAAAUGGACUACACUAGGCAGACUGUGAUUUUUGGGCCCCCCUCCAUCGAUGUUAUUUAUGAAAUCUUAAACUUACCAAAGUUACUAAUAAAACUUAAUUCACAUUUUACAUAGCAAAGUCAUAGUCAAGUUGGUUCUUUGUAUUCCAAAAUAAGUCAUGUGUUGUAUAUUAAACAGUCUAUCAGACUAUUUUUAGAUUUUUAUUAUUUAUACGUUUUUACAAUGCUCUAUUAAAUGCUAUUAAAUUAUCCUUAUCUUAUCAAUUGUGAGCAUUUUGCAGAAAAUCUUAAUUAAAUGUGUUGAUUAAAUUGAAUAGUUAAAUAAGAAGUAAAAUCUACAAAGACCAAUAAAAUUUGCAGUAAGACAAAGUGUGCUGUAGUAUGUAUGUCUGUAUGUGUAUGUGUAUGCGUAUGCGUAUGCAGAGCCGUUUGAGAGAUUUGCGAGGCCCUGUGUGAAAUGGCCAGGGGGGCCCCGCGCGCGAAAUUUUUGGGUUUUUCGGGUCGGAUCGGGUGUCUAUAUGCGCAAUUUUAACUCUCCAAUUAGCAAAAUACUGGAUACCUUCCCCUGCCUCAUCAUCAUCUGGGCUUACCUCGACGCGGGGCCCCAUGGCUGCUUGAGACCCGGGCGGAUCGGUGAUUUUUGUAACAAAUUUAUCAAACGUGCCCUCUUCCAUUUUCUUUUGUUUUUUUCUUUUUUGAUCCCCUGAUGGAAAUUUCCUGAAUCUGUCUCGUUCUCUCGACAUUGUGUGACAGUUUGUUCCAACUCCACCCGCCUGGAUCAGAGCAGCUUGUGUCCGCGCUUGGUCUGAUCAGUUGUAUUGAACAACAGACACGCGUCAUCAUUGCACAUAUAUUUAUUGAUAUGCACAGACUAGUACACAUUUAGGUCUGUAAUGGAACGUGACUGUUGAUAUUUAUAAGGAAAAAAAAAUAAAAAAUUGGGGGAAAAAAAAAACGGCCCAUAGCGCCAGGCCCCUUGGGGCGCCAGGCCCCGUGCGGUUGCACGGUUCGCACAUCCCUUGCGGCGGCCCUGUGCGUAUGUAUGCGUAUAUAUAUAUGUAUGUAUACUAAAUAUAGUAAUAAUGCACAUAUAUAUAUGCCUUAGGUUUUUACCUGCAUGUUAUCAACCAUUAAUAUGUGUGCAGACCAAAAAAAAAAAAAAAUUUUUUUUUUUUUUGUCCCUCUGUCUGGGCCCCCCCCCCUGUCGGGCCCUAGGCACGUGCCUAGUCUGCCUUUGCGUUAAUCCGGCUCUGAUUAGAUGUUAUAUGUGUUAGGAUUUAAUGAAAUUAUUGAAGCUCAAAACUGUCUAAACUCUCUCUUCAAAGUAAUCUCAUUCUGAUUAAGAGCAAAAGGUUUAGAUUAGAUUAGAAGUUAAAUACAAUACACAUAUUGUUGGAGAGGAAACGGGGGAAAGGUGACACCUUAAGGCGAUUUCUCCUUGAAGCUGGCUCUUCCAAUUAAAUUAAUUAGCAAUACACAUACAAUUUGUUGAGAUAAGACAAUGGAGAGAAACAGAUGUUUAGCAUUGGGGGGUCUGGUCUGCGGUCUGGUUUGACACCUCAGAUGGGAGACAGUUAAAGGAAAUGUAGAGCUGGAAGUGACAAAGUUCGGGGGUCUUUUCCCGUUCCCUCAACCAAUGAAAAUCAUUUGCAAAGAACAUCCUCCUUUUAGAGUAUAAAGUCAACUGGACUCAUGAAAACGGGGUGCAUUUCUCUCCGACUCACGCGGUCUGACAGAGGUGUACCCCGGCCGGAGACAAGUCUCCUCCGGCCGGAAAAACCUUGUGCUUGACAUGAUUAAAAGUUGUUAACCUGUAACUUUAUUCCACUAGUCUUUCUUGAUUCACCAGACAAAAGAACACGUAACUUUCAUAUGUUUUACACAAAGGUGAGACAGCCUGAUAGACAUUAGUUUAGUUCUGUUAUUCUGAGAGAAAUACAUAUGAGGGUAUGAUUCUGUUAAAUACUGUUUUACAUUAGCCUUUUUCUUCUUUGUAAUAUUUAAUGUUUUUUUUUUUGUUGUUUUUCUUGAAAUGUUCCCUUUUCUGUUACUUUCCCAGAGUUUUUGC